AUGGUGCCCUCGCACUGUGGUAGUAUGGUGCCCUCGCACUGUGGUAGUAUGGUGCCCUCGCACUACGGCAGUAUGGUGCCCUCUCACUAUGGCAGUAUGGUGCCCUCUCACUAUGGCAGUAUGGUGUUAUCACACUGUGGCAGUAUGGUGUCCUCUCACUAUGGCAGUAUGGUGUUCUCACACUGUGGCAGUAUGGUGUCCUCUCACUAUGGCAGUAUGGUGCCCUCGCACUAUGGCAGUAUCAUGCCCUCUCACUAUGGCAGUAUCAUGCCCUCUCACUAUGGCAGUAUGGUACCAUUGCACUAUGGCAGUAUGGUACCCUCUCACUAUGGCAGUAUGGUGCCCUCUCACUAUGGCAGUAUGGUGCCCUCUCACUAUGGCAGUAUGGUGCCCUCUCACUAUGGCAGUAUGGUGCCCUCUCACUAUGGCAGUAUGGUGCCCUCGCACUAUGGCAGUAUGGUGCCCUCGCACUAUGGCAGUAUGGUGCCCUCGCACUAA